CGAACUUUGCAAAUGUUCCUCGUAAAUAAACAGUUGUUGUGCGCACCCCGUAACGCGUAGUUUCGUAACCGGUUGUUGAGGGCGCCGCGCGUUAAAAUGCUAUCUGCUGAUUGGUCCGCCUGCGUCGGAGAGUGAUUCCCCUCGCGAUAGUGAAGAGAAGGAGACAGACGAUUAGCGGCGUAGGAAGACCACGCGUCGUUGUUACUUAUCUAAUCUAACCUUUUUUUUUGACUAACCUCACGCCACUUGCACGUGGCUGAUCGAAGACUGGGGUUUUCUCUUUUAAAAUUGAAUAAACAAAUCCUAAAGUUUUUUCACGCAUUAUAUUUUCACGCUGCAACCCAAAUUAACCAACAUUUUGAUCCUUCGAGUCGCAUGAAAACGUACAAAUACGUUUAAAAGUCGAUGUGCCAGUGGAAAAAGUAGUGAAAGUGAAAACUUGAGAAGCAGCCAGCAGAUACCUAAGAGGGUUAUAAGCUGAGAUUUUUACCCAAAAUUUGAAUCACAUUGUAUUUGAUUUCAAGUUAAACCUAAAAGCAAACCUGUUGCUUGUAGACUUUACAUACCAGGCCCAAUACCUACUUGGUGCUUUUUGUUUUGUUACAUUUUACCCGAAUUUUAAUCUUUUAACCCUAAAUAAACCCGAGAAAUCAAAGGCUUGCUCAAUUUAAAUGAAAUUCCAAUUGAUUUUGCUCUCGUUUUCUCAUUUAUUUGUAGUCUUUUAUGCGCUUUAUUAUUAUUGAAAUAAAGUAUAACCUUAACCAAUUGAUUUUACGCUAUUAAAUUCAGUCAAGCGUGUAUAUGACCAGCUCAAUAUUAAUUUUUAGCCUCUAAAGUUGAACCUUUUUGCGCUUUUGUAAGUAUAAUAUUUAUAAAUAAAUAUACAACAUUACUCGUAGUAAACAAUGGCUGAAGAAUUAACUGCAGAACAGAUUUUAGUUAAAGCUAAAGGUGAAAUAAAGUUUUUGACAUCAAAAAGAGGUCAUCUUAAGGCAUCUCUUACCCGAUUUCAAAGAUUUUUAGAUGCAUCUACCGAAACCCUAAGCUCACCAGAUAUAAAAGUUCAAAUUGAAACCCGGUUACAAGCUGCUAAAACUAGUCUCAAUGAAUUUGAAAAAAUUCAGUCAGGCAUUGAAGAUAUUCAUCUGAGGUAUGAUCUUCCUGAGGCAGAAGAUCAGGAUGAUGUGCGAGCAGAUUUCGAAGAAAAAUAUUUUUCCAUUAUAUCCAAAGCCACCUUCAUGCUUCAAAGCUUCACUCCCUUAAGUGUUCCCAUACCCGAGAACAUUCCAUUAAGCUCAGAACCUAUAAAUAAUGUAACUACACUUAUGACUAAGCUCCCACCUAUAUCAAUUCCUGAAUUUUCAGGGUCUUAUGAAUCCUGGACUCAAUUCUUUGAGACAUUUGAAUCCAUAAUAGAUAAAAAUCCUAGCCUUCCCAAGGUUCAAAAAUUCUACUAUUUGCAAUCUGCUUUAAGAGGUGAUGCUGCUCAAGUCAUCAGUUCACUCACUGCCAGUGAUGAUAACUAUACCAUAGCAUGGAAACUUCUUAAAGAUAGAUAUCAAAACAAAAAAGCAAUUACACAUUCCCAUAUCAAAGCAAUUUUUAACCUACCCAUGAUUAAAGAGGAAAAUCAUUCAAGCUUACGCAAAUUCUUGGAUAGCUUUCAAAAGCAUUUUCGAUGCCUUGAAAACUUAGGUGAAAAAGUGAUCCACUGGGAUACUAUUUUAAUUUAUCUCUUAUCCUCCAAACUAAGUCAAAUUACCCGCAGAGAAUGGGAAAUUACAUCUAAGAAUAUGGAGAACCCUACCAUUUUAGAUCUCACUAACUUUCUUACUGAGAGGUGUUAUUUAUUAGAGUCUAUUGACUUCAAGAUCUAUAAUAAACACGAGUCACAAUCCUCCAAGCAUGUUUCUAUACACAAAACAUUUGCCCAUCCAGCUUUUGAAAAUGUUUGUCCAUUAUGUAAGGCUAAUCAUUUUGUUUAUAGUUGUAAAAAGUUUAUAGAUUUAUCCAUAAAUGAUCGGUAUAGUGAGGCCAAACGACUCAAACUGUGCACUAACUGCCUGCGUCCAGGUCAUCUUAACAUGAAUUGCAAAUCGAAGCAUUUCUGUAGGACUUGCAAACGCAACCACCAUUCCUUGCUGCAUCAGCUUGGAAGUCCUAGAACUUUCGAAGUUGCUGUAAAUCCUAAAUCUGAUUUAGUUAGGCAAGCCAGUAACAAUCAAUCUCCUCAAACAGCCUUAUACACUCAGUUAAGGGUGAACCCAGGUGCAAAUCCAAAUGACAUCAAUUCAACUUUGCCCAAUCCUCAUUCUAGCAAUUCACUUUGCAACUCAAGAAUUGUAAAUUCUAAUCAAGAUAUAUUUGAUAGAAAUAGUACUUCAUCACCUCAUCAGCCAUCUUCCUUAAAUGUAUUGCCAGAUAAUUCAAGAAAUACUCCGGUAUUCCACCAAGAAGAAUGUCAAAAUAAUCCCAUAACCAACUAUAGUUUAGCCUGUGCUAAUUCAAGCUCGAAUAACUUUAUAUUGCUAUCUACUGUUUUAAUUCAAGUAUAUGAUGGCCACCAGACACGCAUUCCUUGCAGAGCUCUCUUGGAUAGCGGGUCUCAGUCCAAUUUUAUAUCUAGAAGUUUAUUCGAUAAGCUAAGCCUCAAAUGGGAAAAGAUUAACAUACCCGUAUGUGGUAUUAAUCAAGGGACAACUUAUAUAAAUAAAAGAACCAUGUUGACUUUUCAAGAUUUAAAUCUAAACUAUAAAUUUAAAAUCUCUGCCCUAGUAAUCGAUAAAAUUACAGAAGAAUGUCCUCAGCAGGUUAUUGAUAUUUCUAAAUUUCCCAUUCCACAUGACGUUCAGCUAGCAGAUCCAACAUUCUAUCAACCUUCUGAGAUAGACAUACUUCUGGGUGCUAGUAUAUUCUAUGAACUAUUAGUUUCUGGCCAAAUAAGACUCGGAAAGAAUAAUCCAAUUCUCCAAAAUACACUAUUAGGAUGGGUUGUCUCCGGACCCAUAUCAGCUCAUCAAGAUCAAUUUUGUAAACCUAUAUCCUGUUUUUCUCUCAAUAAAAAUUUUGAUAUUGAAUUAAAAAAUUGUCUUGAGAAAUUCUGGCAUAUAGAGGAACCUAUUCACGAACCCAAUAAAUUAUCACAAGAAGAACUUGACUGCGAAUCUCAUUUUGUUGAAACGGUUUCUCGUACUACUUCAGGUCGUUUUGAAGUCAGUCUUCCUUUUAAGAAGAAUAUUUCCCAAAUAGGUUCUUCUCGGGAAAUAGCAGAAAAAAGAUUUUUUGCUAUAGAAAGGAAAUUUCUAAAGAAUAAGGAAUUUCAUAGUUCCUACUCUCAAUUUAUUCAAGAAUAUGAGCUUUUAGGCCAUAUGUCAAAGGUUGAUAUCACUAAGGAUUCCGCCUCGGUGCCUACAUACUAUCUGCCUCAUCAUGCUGUGGAAAAGCAGGAUAGUACCACCACUAAAUUGAGAGUGGUAUUUGAUGCCUCAGCCAAAUCGACCACAGGUAUAUCUCUAAAUGACUCCCUUAUGGUCGGCCCCACUAUUCAAAUGGAUCUGUUUUCUAUCAUCAUCAGAUUUCGUGAACAUAAUUACGUUCUUACAGGAGAUCUUGCCAAAAUGUACAGGCAAAUUUUGGUGAAACCCUGUGAGAGAAAUUUUCAACGGAUAGUCUGGAGGGGCUCUCCCGAUAGUGAUUUACAACACUUCCAAUUAAACACCGUAACUUACGGUACUGCAAGUGCUUCAUUUUUAUCUACUAGAUGUUUAAAGCAAGUAUCCCUUGACAAAAAAACCUCAUUUCCCAAUGAAAGUCGUAUCAUAGCCCAUGAUUUUUACGUUGAUGACGCCCUCACAGGAAGUAAUGAUCUGAAUGAACUCGUAAAAAUAAAAUCCAAUUUAAUUUCGAUUUUUCAAGAAUACGGUUUCGAACUUAGAAAACUUGCUUCUAAUAACCCCACUGUAUUAUCUGAUAUUCCUGACAAUGGGUCUAUAGAGUAUGUAAUUAAUGAGGGAUCAAGCAGUAAAACAUUAGGAAUUUCAUGGAAUUCUCCAAAGGACCAAUUUGUAUACUCGUCAAAUCUAAAAAAUAUACCUGAUGUCUUAGUGACUAAACGCUCCAUUCUUGCCGCAAUAUCAACAAUAUUUGACCCACUGGGUCUUUUAGGACCUAUAAUAAUACAAGGAAAAAUUCUAAUACAAAAACUAUGGCUACUUAAAAUAUCUUGGGAUGAACCUGUUCCCAGUGAUUUUCACAAAAUCUGGUUGAAUUUUUCUAAUCAGCUUGCAAAAGCGAAUACCUUUAAUAUACCUAGACAAGUUACAAUUAAAAAUCCUCUAAGGGUUCAAAUACAUGGGUUUUCUGAUGCGUCAAUAAACGCUUAUGGUGCAUGCAUGUAUGUCCGUUCCGAAGAUGCAGAUGGAAAUAUCCACUGCAACUUACUUUGUGGAAAAUCUCGUGUAGCCCCCCUCAAAGCUGUUUCUUUACCCAGGUUGGAACUCUGUGGCGCUCUGUUGCUCGUAAAACUUGUAAAAAAGGUUACUAAGAUUCUUAAUUAUCCCAUAUCGGAAAUUUUCUAUUGGACCGAUUCCUCUAUAGUACUGUGCUGGUUAAGCUUAGAACCUCGCAGCUUAAAAACAUUUGUGUGUAAUAGAAUUGCCGAAAUUCAGCAACUAUCUGAUGCAGGCAAUUGGUACCAUAUUGUUUCAUCUCAGAAUCCUGCUGAUAUUAUAUCGCGGGGCAUGACUCCUACUGAUCUCAAAAAUAAUAUCCUUUGGUGGCAUGGACCUCAAUACUUAAAAAAACCAGAAAAGUAUUGGCCCACAGGCAAACAUAUCUCAAAUUUUGCGCGUCAAGCCCGUGAAAUAUCCGAAAUCCCUGAAAUUAACCCAAAAUCCUUUGUUUUUAUCGCAAACCCAAAUAUUGACUUUGUCACCAAUAUUUGUUCAAGAUUUUCUUCGUACCCCAAGCUAAUUAAUGUUGUAGCAUAUUGUCGAAGAUUCCUUCAUAACCUAAAAAACAAAGCUCAAAGAAUUACUGGACAUUUGUCACCAAAUGAAAUUUCCCAGAGUACUUCUUGCCUUAUUAAGCUUAUCCAAGCUGAUAGAUUUCCUGAAGAAAUAUUUGAAUUGGAACACAACCGUGGUGUUAAAGCCAGAAGUAAACUUAGCACGCUUAAUCCUUUUCUCGACCGCUCUAAAAUUCUACGAGUAGGUGGUCGAUUAAGUCAUGCGAAUAUAGACUUUGACUAUAAACACCCUAUUGUACUUCCUCAUAACCAUCCGUUCACCGAGCUAGUUGUUACCCACGAACAUGUCAAAAACUUACAUCCCGGUAGUCAAACAACCCUAUCCUUUGUAAGGCAACAGUUUUGGCCACUAAAAGGAAAACCUUUAAUUAAACGAAUCAUACGGAAAUGCAUGCCUUGCUUUAAGGCCAAUCCGCGAACUUUAAAUGCCCAAAUGGGAGACUUGCCACCAUCCCGGGUAACCGCUAAUUAUGCCUUUUUUAAUACCGGUGUUGACUAUGCUGGACCCUUUCUUCUAAAGGAUUCAAAAUUCAGAAACAAAAAACUCUUAAAGUGUUACAUUUGCAUCUUUGUAUGCUUAGCUACCAAAGCUGUUCACUUGGAGCUAGCUACAGAACUGACAACUCAAUCGUUCAUAGCAGCAUUUAUGAGAUUUAUAGCCCGACGAGGUUUGUGCAUAAAUAUGCACUCUGAUAAUGGUUCUAAUUUUGUAGGGGCUAAAAAUGAAUUUAACGAGAUAUAUAAAAUUUUAAAUGAUGAAAGACUACGGAGCUUUUUGAGCGAGAGUAAGAUAUCUUGGAAUUUCAUUCCGUCACGUGCUCCGCAUUUUGGAGGUCUUUGGGAGGCGGCAGUAAAGUCGACAAAACAGCAUCUUAGGCGAAUUCUAAAAAAUACGCCAUUACACUAUGAGGAAUUUUACACGUUGCUGGUUCAAAUUGAGGGCAUUUUAAAUUCUCGGCCGCUGACACCCUUAAGUGACGAUCCAAACGAUUUGGAUGUUUUGACGCCCGGCCAUUUUUUAAUUGGUCGUCCCUUGAACAUGCACCCGGAGUUGGACUUCACAAAAAUUCCUGACAAUCGACUAUCCCGAUACCAGCACAUGCAGAAAAUGGCGCAGCACUUCUGGUCCCGAUGGUCAUCGGAGUUUUUGCAUACUUUGCAUCAAAGGUACAAAUGGAAAUUCAAGGUCCCGCGUACCGAACUACUAGGCUCCCUUGUUCUACUUAAGGAGGACAAUUUACCAACCUCGCAGUGGAAAAGAGGGCGAAUCAUCGAGCUACAUCCUGGCAGUGACAGUACUGUGCGUGUAGUAAGUGUUCGUACAAACAAUGGUGUCGUCAAACGUGCAGUAAAUAAAUUGUGCCCGCUACCUAUUAAAUGUGCCCAGGUCGGUUAUAAUAAUACCCUGAAUUGACGUUAUUAACGCUAUGUAUACCUUUGCUUACUGCAAAACUGUCAUUAUAUUAACUAUUAUGUAAGUAGAAAUAAUUAUGUAUAAUUUUUAAUUUUUAUUCUGCAAGUAAAAGAGUGAUAUGUUAAACUAUAACCCAUAUACAGUCCACUUUUGUCUUUUCUCUUUUGCUUUUAAUAUAUUAAUUUCUAUCUUUCUCCUAUUUAAUUGUUAUUUCUACAUGAAGUAUGUAAAAUUUUAUUUGUUUUAUUGAGUAUGUUUAUGCUUUUCUUCAUGUGAAAUAAAACAUGUCAAUUUAUUUUUAAUCCGCACAGAAUGCCUAAUAUAAUUUAUAAAUUUCUCUGUUAUUUGAAAUUUUGUUGGUAAGGUCAUAUGCUAGAAAUUUUGCACUUAACUUUAUGACUAUUACUGAUUUUGUACUAUUAUUUAAGCCUAUAUUAGUUCUAAGCUUUUGUAUCAUUGUACCCCCAGUCUCGAAUUGAGGUUCUUUAUAUUGGUAUUUUAAGUUUAGAUAUAUUGAAAGUUAUCGGGAACUUCCAAGGGCGGCGGUAUGUUAGCGAACUUUGCAAAUGUUCCUCGUAAAUAAACAGUUGUUGUGCGCACCCCGUAACGCGUAGUUUCGUAACCGGUUGUUGAGGGCGCCGCGCGUUAAAAUGCUAUCUGCUGAUUGGUCCGCCUGCGUCGGAGAGUGAUUCCCCUCGCGAUAGUGAAGAGAAGGAGACAGACGAUUAGCGGCGUAGGAAGACCACGCGUCGUUGUUACUUAUCUAAUCUAACCUUUUUUUUUGACUAACCUCACGCCACUUGCACGUGGCUGAUCGAAGACUGGGGUUUUCUCUUUUAAAAUUGAAUAAACAAAUCCUAAAGUUUU